UUAGGCUUCGCCCGCACUUCAUCCACCUCUUGCCACGGAGGAUCCUCACCAGGAUCUGGGCCAAUCGCCUCGCUAACCUUGGCCUUUUCCGCCAGAGGAUACCGCAUCGGCUGCGUGUACGUGGUCCGUCCACGUCGUCCAAAACUGCGCUCCACCUCGCAGCACUCUUCCCGCAGUUCAUCCACCUGGCCUUUUCAGUCGAGCCGCCAACUGCUGCAUCGCAUGGAUGUAAUCGCCAACUCCUUCUCCGGACUGCUGCUCCCUCUGCAGAAGUUGGUGCAUCCGAUCGUGCUCCGUCUGAUGGCAUCGGAACCUAUCCAUCAGCGAGGCUCGAAGCUGGGACCACCUGUCCACCCUGCAGUGACGCACGUGCACCCAGUACCACUCCCGAGCCCGCCCAGUGAGCAGCAGGUGGAAGUUUCGGAGCACCUCUUGCCACGGGCAUUGGCACUGCCGCUGCAGGAACUCCAACCGGAAGAGAAAGUCUUCCACCGAGUUUCGCUCAUCCUCCCCGUCGAAGGAUACGCCCCACCGCUCAAUUCGCCAUUGCUGGUUGGCGGCUGCCGGCCCCACAUUGGCAUACAGACGCGGCUCCUCCCGGAACUCUGAGGCCCUGCGGUCCUCAAUGCACCAGCUGCGGGCCGGGCCAUCGUCUCGGCGCGACCUGAAAUGAUCCGGAGGAU